UUGGAAGUCUGAAAGUCAUUAGAACAACGAGUACUUGUAGCUCCCAAGCCUCGCAUUAUGAACCAAUUCCUCAUCAUAAAACUGAUCUUCCUAAAGCUACUUGUCGUGAACUGUCAAGACAUCAGCACGGGUCGCAUCAUAGGAGGCUAUGUCCCUGCACCUCAUUCAAUCAGGUACAUCGUGUCAAUACAGACGACAGGAGGGGCACACUUUUGUGGAGGAUCGUUAAUAAACAGAUAUUGGGUUUUGACGGCAGCCCACUGCAAUAUUGGAUGUGACCAGAUGGUAAUAGUUGCAGGAGACUAUUCUCUUAAUACGUAUGAUGGCACUGAGCAGUACUUUCAACCUCUGCGUAUGAUCUCUCAUCCACAAUACGACAACAAAACCAACAAUGCAGACAUCAUGCUCAUUAAGCUCAAGAGGCCGGUGAAACUCAAUGGCUAUGUUACGAUUGUGGCUCUGCCUCGCCACGAGGCUUCCCUUUCUGAAGGGCGCGUCUGCAGGGUGUCAGGGUGGGGCUACACCAGCACUGCAGGAGGACAGAUUCCCAACACACUGAGGACUGUCAAGCUACCCAUCGUCUCCUCCUCCAGGUGUAACAGCACAGAGUCUUUUAAUGGAAACAUUACAUACAGCAUGAUCUGUGCUGGCUAUAACUCAGGAGGCAAGGAUGCAUGCAAGGGGGACUCAGGCGGGCCGCUGGUUUGUGAAGGCCGGGUUUAUGGCAUUGUGUCCUGGGGAAACGGCUGCGCGGACCCCCGAUACCCCGGAGUCUACACAGCUGUGGCUGCGUUUAGAAGAUGGAUUGACAGAACUAUCUUCAGCUCCAAUGGAAGAUGUCCCCAGCAGUAGCUUAGUAUUUGUGUACUGUGAAAGUAAAGUUAUCCAGAAAACAGGUACAGGUUUCAUUGAAGGGAAAAAAGCAACUGUUGCUUAGUUAGUUUUACUAGGUUUAUAAUUACAUAACAAGUUUCAAAAGGUGCACAUUUCCCUACCUUGACAAGUCUGCCCUGUUACUUUCUAUCAUUUUAUUUUAAAAUAAAGUGUUUUGUCAAGUGAACUUUUAUAUGGUUCUAUAGCGAAAUCCAGGGCAGAAAUGAAUUUCGGACUGCUUCGCAGUACCCAGUGUAAAAUGUAUUUCUGUCAUCUGUAUGCAGGCAAGCAUUGUGGAAACAAGUGUGUUCUUUUACUUGAUCCAGUACCAUUCUAGCACAUGAUGACAUUGGCAAGGUAUGCUCUGGGAUUUCUCCUAGCAACCGGAAAAAAAAUCUCUUCUGUUCUUAUGUACCUUAUCUUAAGAUCAGUCCAAAUCAGGAUCUCUGAAAUCAUACAAUAGAAAUCAUUAUCUAGAUUUAUUUAUACUUUUGGUUAGUGUUAUAACAUUAAAGCAAUGAUAUUAUUAAGAUGAUUGGUCAAAUAGAUUUGUGUCUGUUGUCUAAUUUAUUGUUUGUUUAGACAUACCUAUGAACAAAGCCAUUUUUAAAGGAUUAAAUACAGUUUUGUAUGUAACUCAAUAAACCAGCAACAGUGUAGAACACUUUCAUGAGUAUUAAAUUGUCAUUUAACCAAAGAGCAGCCUUUAAUAACUCCUGAGUGAAAGCUGUGUGAAUGGGAUUCCUUUCGCUCAAUAUACAGGCAUGAGCUUCUGUUGCAGUGCUGUACUGGACCUGUGUAGCAAAAGCUACACUAAUAACCUCUUCAUUGCGUGAUUAACCGCUGGUUUCACAGACACUGAUUCACACUCAUUUUGG